CUCAGUCGUGUGGCGGCGAGGCCGGUGAAAACGAAAGCGCAGCUACUUUAGUUCCUCCUCUGGCUUCAUUUUCCUCUUUCCUUUUUUGUUUUUCCUCGCCGUUUAAAAAAAAGUGGCCCAUAGCCCACCCGUGAACGGCGGAUCGAUCGGAUGUGUGGAGGCGCCGUUGACGCGGUUUCGUUAUUAUCGGGUAGGUUAUAGUGUAUAACCUCCGUGUGUGUCGGAAUAAAAUACCGCGGAUCGAUCUUUCUUCAUUGCCGAUUGGAAGCGGAAAUUGAACCCCUUGAAGUCCGAAUGAGAUGAGCCAUAGGGAGUCUUGCGUGGAAGAGUUGACUUGUAAGAAAGAAAAGACGGUCUAGGAAGUGUAAUUCAACGCUGAAUCCAGCCCCAUCGAAAGACGAAGGAUCAUGAUCACGUGCUGGGUACUAGUUGGGGUGCUCGGAGUGUUGGUACUUUUACACGCGCUCUUUGAGGUCCACUAUUUUUUGCGCAUGUUCAUGACCGUCUUUCUGGCACGUUUCUGCAGAAAACGCGUCCACAUAUUGGAUGAGACGUCGGUAUACGGUCUUUGCGCGACGACCGACAUCGACUGGCUGCUCUAUCACAUGAAUAACGCACGCUAUUUGCGCGAACUUGAUUUCGCUCGUGCUGAUUUUUACGAGCGAACGAAUCUUUACCGCGAGAUUUGCUUGCAGGGUACCGGGGUUGUACAAAGCGCUUCGACAAUACGCUACAGGAGGUUUCUCAAGCCUCUUACCAUUUUCAAAAUCACAUCAAAGAUAAUCUAUUGGGACGAGAAGACGAUCUUCAUGGAGCACCGCUUCGUGACGCCAUCGGACGGCUUCGUUCGAGCGAUUGCUAUAUGCCGACAACGACUCCUCGACUGCAGUGCCGAGUCUGUGAUGGGCGGACUUAUCGAUCGCGGCGUCAAGCAAAACGGGAGUCUGGAGACUGGCGUCACGCAGAUACCGCAGGUGCGUCCGGAAAUGCCGGUGGAGGUGGCACGAUGGCUAGAAAGCAAUGACGUUUCCUCGGCAAAGCUGCGGGAGCAGCCGUUGGCGCCGCUCCAAGUUGUCGCGACACAUUGCUGACCUACGGAGAGCAGCGAUUACGGCGAACAGGAGACACAGGAAA